CCAAGUAACCAAACAAAUAUUCAAAGUGAAGAAACAUAUGUUACAUAAAUCUGAAAAAAAUCUUACCUUAGCCUACUAUUUAAGUAAUAAUCCAUAUGUUACAUAAAUCUGAAAAUAAAUAAAUAAAUAAAUAGUACGAACAUAAACUGAAGAACAGUUAAACACAUGUUAAACCACAUGAGCCGUACUAUAAAUACAACAUAAACACAGACAUUAAUUGCAUAUUUAGACACACAUCUAAGCACGAAAAAUGAUGUACGUAGUUUCUUCCUCUUCUUCAUCCCCUCCAAUCAGUUUUCCGCCAUUGCCGAAACCUAGAAACCCUCAGAUUCCAACUAAUUUAACUGCUCAGACAUCCUCGUCUUCUUCCUACCAAUCAAACAUCAAUGGCGCCGCCAUUGAUGCUACUGCUGCUGCUGUCAUAAGAACCUCUACCGCUCUGACAAAGCACUCUCUGCUCACCACAAUCUUCAAAUCCAUGGACGACCUUAUCUGCACCUUCAUGGACGCCUCGCCGCUGCCGCCGUCGAUCGACCCCCGCCGCGUCCUGUCGGGGAAUUUUGCGCCGGUCGGAGAGCUUCCGCCGACGCCGUGCCGAGUGGCGGACGGCGGCGCUCUACCGGCGGCUCUCGACGGCGCGUACAUCCGCAACGGGCCGAAUCCUCAGUUCGUUCCGGCGACCGGACCGUACCAUUUGUUCGACGGCGACGGGAUGCUUCACUGCGUCAGAAUUUCCGACGGAACGGCGACGUUUUGUAGCCGUUAUGUACGGACGCAUAAAUUCGUGGUGGAGAUGGAGCUAGGGCACCCUAUAUUGCCGAGCCCGUUCUCGUCUUUCAACGGGCUUUGGGCCUCCUUGGCCCGAUCCGCGAUGGCGGUGGCCCGAGCCGCCGCCGGUUUUUUCGAUCCGCGGCGAACCGGGUUCGGUACGGCGAACACGAGCUUGGCUUUGAUUGGCGGGAGGCUUUUCGCGCUGUGUGAGACGGACCUUCCGUACGCCGUGAAAGUGACGCCGGCUGGGGAUAUUGUCACCGGCGGCCGGCAGGGUUUCGAUUCCGGCGCCGGAGAUCCGCCGUUGAGGAUGACCGCCCACCCGAAGACGGAUCCGGCGACGAGAGAGACUUUCGCCUUCAGCUGCGACAUAUUUCCGCCGUUUCUGACAUUUUUCAAAAUCGAUUCGCGGCGGAGUAAGCUCGCCGUCGCCGCCGGCGGCGGCUGCGGCGUGGCGAUUUCCACGGCGGGGCCGUCGUUCGUGCACGAUUUCGCGGUGACGGAAAGGUUUAUCGUGUUCGAGGAUAUUCAGGUGGUGGUGAGGGCGGCGGAGAUCGUGAGGGGGAGGUCGCCGGUGGUGUACGACGGCGGGAAGAGGCCGCGCGUCGGAAUUCUGCCGCGGCGGGCGGAGGACGAGAGGGAGCUGGUGUGGGUGGAGGCGCCGGGAUUCAAUAUGAUGCACGUGAUAAACGCGUGGGACGAGGAUUCCGGCGGGAGAGUAGUGGUGGUGGCGCCGAACGUUUUGUCGAUCGAGGACGGUCUGGAGAGGAUAAGUUCGUUCCGGUCGGUGGUGGAAAGAGUCGCCAUUGAUGUACGGACAAAGGAGGUUGUGGGAAGACAGGCGUUGUGUCCGAAGAUGAAUUUGGAGUUUGGAGUCAUCAAUCCGGCUUACGCCGGAAAGCAAAAUCGAUACGUAUACGCUGCAAUAAUAGAAGAAAUGCCAAAGGCAGCUGGAAUAGUGAAGCUCGAUUUGCAGUCCCCGACGACGUGGCCGGACUGCACGGUGGCUAGCCGGGUGUACGGUCCAGGGUGCUAUGGGGGCGAGCCCCAAUUCGUGGCGAGGGAUCCUGAAACUCCGGGAGCGGCGGAGGACGACGGGUACUUAGUGACAUAUAUGCACGAUGAACACCGGGAAGAGUCGUGGUUGUUAAUAAUGGACGCAAAAAGUGAGGAUUUAGACAUUGUUGCUAAGGUAAGGUUGCCCGGAAGAGUGCCUUAUGGCUUCCAUGGAUUGUUUGUUAAGGAAAGUUAUCUAAUUAAUUAAUUAAUUAUUUGAGUUUGAUAUUAAAAUAAUAUUUGAUGAAAUAUUAUGUAAAAGAAAAAAUAUAUAUAAUUAUGAGAAAUACAAAGUCCCGUAGAGUACUAAAAAUAAAAUUU